AUAUUUGAUUUCAGAUUAGUAAAAAUUAUUAAAGUUUAUAUAUAUCAAGAUUUUUUUAUAUAACGCAUCUCAUAUAACAAUACGGCUAGUCAAACUCGAAAUAUUUUAAUCUACUCGUCAUAGUCGUCAAUACAGCACCAAUACACUAGAAGUCCAGAACAUCCACUAGUUUAAAGCGAGUGAGUCUGGGCGCAUAGCAUUUAUGGGCGAGUUAUGUAAAUAGGAGGGUAAGGAAGUAAUUUCCGCUGAUUCAAUUUUUGCUUCUAGAAUAAGUUGACUCUCUAGUGGUACAUUAUAAUGCACCAUUAUGCAUGUAUAAUGUACCAUUAAAGUAAAAUUUGUCUGAAUAGUACGUUUUGUGGACUAUUACGAGUGUAGUGGUACUUUUUACCAUCCUAUAACUUUCAAUUUCUUGAAAAAGCUGACUCUCUAAGGGUACAUAUAAUGUACCAUUAUGCAUGAAUAAUGUACCACUGAAAUAUAAGUUAUCUGAAUACUACUUUUUAAUUGCAAAAUUGUCAUCCUAUAUGCUUAGAAAUCAAUAGGCGCUAUGAGCCAAGACUUAACCGUUUAAAGCACUCAUAAGUUCACGUGUUUCACUCAAAGAGCUAACAGGCCUAACACCAAAGACCUCUGAAAUUCUGAGCAAAAAAAAAAAAAAAAAAAAAAAAAAAAAAAAAAAGAGAGAGAGAAAAACACACACACACAAAGCUUACCUUCAGAGCCCUGAAAUUAUCUCUAAAUUGCCAAAUAUUACAUGAUAUAAUCAAUUAAGCAAAGAAUGAUACCUAUUUUUGCAUUAAUUCCAUACAUUCUUCUUUUCAGUUCUAAAAUUUGCUCUGCAAUUGACAGUAUUACACCAACACAAUUCCUAAAAGACUCAGAAUCAAUACUUUCUAAAAAUAGCAUUUUCAAGCUAGGAUUUUUCAGCCCUCAAAACUCUUCCAAUCGUUAUGUUGGAAUCUGAUAUAAUCACCCUUUUGAAAUGGAAGUUGUAUCUUGUAUGGGUAGCUAACAGGAACAAUCCCCUCACUGAUACUUCUAUUGUACUUAAGAUAUCACUCGACGAAAAUCUGCAAGUCUCUGAUGCAAAAAUAUCAGACUGUUUGGUCAUCCAAUGUCACUCAUCCUACAGCUGGUUUCGUAGCAGCUCAACUUCAAGAUUCCGGGAACAUUUUUAUCCAAGGAUUUCCGAACAACACGAGUCGUGGCAAUGGGACGAUCAUAUGGCAGAGUUUUCAGUAUCCUGCAGACUCAGUCUUACCAAGUAUGAAGUUCAUUCUUAACAAUAAUCCUGAAUUCAGGAAAGUCGUGCAGGCCUGGAAAAGUCCUUCAGAUCCAUCAGUUGGAAGGUACUCAGUUGGUACUAACUCUAGGUUUUUUCAGAUUAUCAUAUGGGAUGGGGAUCGCCCUUAUUGGCGAAGUGGACCUUGGAAUGGAAACAUUUUCAUGGGAACAAGAUAUUAUAAUACUGGUUAUGGUAAUAUACUCAUUAACACCGGGUCAUUCGCACAGGAGGAAGUAAGAGGGAUGCUUUCUCUGGUUUUUACAGGUGCGAAUGAGACUUUGUUGCCUCGUUAUGUAAUAAUUGAUCAAGGGAUAUUAGCUGAAAGUGGUGGGAUGAUAGCAAGAAGAACAGGGGAAUUGCGUGGCAUGCCCCGGAAAAUAUAUGUGACACCUAUGGUAUGUGUGGAGAAUUUGGAAACUGCAACCCGCAGACUAAACCUAUGUGCAGCUGCUUAAAAGGGUUUGUGCCAAAGAUCGCGGAGGAAUGGAGGAGAGGAAACUGGACAAGUGGGUGUGUGAGAAGAAAGAAGCUGCAAUGUGGGGUUCAAGGGGGAAAACAAGAUGGGUUUUUGAGGUUAAAGAUGAUGAAAGUGCCAGUUAAUGCUGAUAUUGCUGAAUGGUUUGUGGGUCUGAAUCCUGAUCAGUGCAGAACAACCUGCCUGGCAAACUGCUCUUGUUUGGCUUAUACACAUGAUACUGGAACUGGAUGUAUGAGAUGGAGCGAGAACUUGAUUGACAUAGAGGACCUUUCACCUGGAGGGGUGGACCUAUUCAUUCGGCUUGAACAAUCAGAGCUAAGUACUAGUAAGAGAUAUGACUUUAGGAACAGCAGUGAUUGCCACUAUCAUAUACUUCCUGUUCAAAUGGAGAGCUCGGAAAAAGGGUAAACACACAUCGGAUAGAAAUAGAAAAUCUAAAUCAAUACCAGAGAAAAAAGCUGGGAAAGCAACAGAUUCAUAUCUAUUCAAAGACAAAACCCAAGUAAUGAUUGAAGACUUAAAAGUCUCAAAACUUGAAGAUCUGAUAAUAGCAACAGACGGCUUUAGUGAGAGUAACUUGCUCGGGAAGGGUGGUUUUGGCCAAGGUAAGAAUGAGUUCAAUUCAAACAUGAUCUUACGUAGUCUAAAAUGCAACAAAACGUAGCAGGAGAUAAUAUGAUGUUUGUUUACAGGGUAAACUAGAAAAUGGUCAAGAAAUAGCAGUAAAAAGGCUUUCAAGAGCAUCUGGGCAAGGUGUAGAAGAAUUCAUCAACGAAGUUGAAUUCAUCUAAAAACUUCAGCAAUUUCAGAUUUCUAAUAAAGCUGUAAUCAAGCGAAACAGGAACAUCAUUAUAAAACGGAGGGAAUAGUACAUGUUAAAAGAAAAAAUAAAACAAAAACACUCAAAAUUACAUUAAUUAUACUAGUUCGUAUGUGAUAUAUUGCCUUUGGAUUCUAACACCUUAUUGCAGCUAGAUUGAUGGGGCAGUAAGCUGUGUAUCUCCUUUGUGUAUCUCCUUUAUCGUUA